AUGCCCAGUGCAAAGAGAGGGUUGUCCGCAGACACUGAAGAUGGCCAGCUGAAAGCAACUGGCCAUUCUGGCGUCGACGUACAGCAAUCAAGGCCAAUAGGACCAGGCCGAAGGGCUGGGCGUGCGAGUGAUGGAGGUGAGCAUGGGGCAAUCAAGGCCAAUAGGACCAGGCCGAAGGGCUGGGCGUGCGACAUCUCGACACGCUUAACUAGACAUCCUGGCGUCGACGUACAGCAAUCAAGGCCAAUAGGACCAGGCCGAAGGGCUAGGCGUGCGAGUGAUCGGUCAGCAGAGAGAACAACAGCAGGCGUUGGAGCUCAAGGGCGUCGUAAUGGCAUGUCUCUACGUUACAAAAUAGGUAUCGCUCUAGUUUCGACGCUGGAAGCGCGUUGGCUGACUAAACAAGCACCAGGCCAUGUCUUAUCACUGCUCCCAAUCCCAACCACAUAUCUUACAAUAAAAUACCCUACCGCCUGGAUCGGUGGUUUGCUUCUGCUGGAAGUACCAAUCGACAGGGCGGCACUACAUGAAACUGCGCGCCGCAGUGCGCAUAGGGCUGAUGAUGACUUCCUGGUAUUGGAGGGAGGUUGUGAGGGUAGGAUAAGGCUAUUCUACAAAAAUUCGGAGCGAAAAAGGCUUGAGGUUGGCGCUGUGGGCGCUGUACAAAUCAGGCGCGGAAGCAACGAUGCGAGUGUAAUUUUUGGGCAAACUUUCUGGUUGCUGAAAGUCAAAGUACUCCUCAUUUGUCUCGCCAUACAGUGUGUCUCACUACGCAGUGAGGGACGUUAA